UGCCGUUUUUGCAGCAUCAGCAACCUCUGAAAUAAUACUUGUUAUAAUUGGUAAAUAGUUAUAAUCAAAGGGUAUCCACAGGGCAGGGCAAUCUACGCUCGCCAGGUCUCCCGUGUCAUUUGGACGUAAUUGCAAUGAGGAGCAAUGAGAAGGGUCACAAGACACUUGUGAAGUGGGGUUGAGCCAGAGGGAGAGAGAGAGAGGAGGAGGAGGAGUAGAGGGAAAACCAUCCUCCGUCCUGUAGAUCCAUCAGUGGGCAGGCUGGAGACGGAUGAAAGCUCUCCUCCCAUCCUUCUCUGCUGCAUCCAUCCGCUCUCUUAUCCAUCCAUCUAACCAUCCACCACCCCAUCCACCUAUUCAUCUCCAAGGGCGUCUCAAGGGGUGACAAGACCCGACUGAACGGCAAUGUAUACGCGGACGCGUGCGUGUGCGUGAGUCAUCCGUGUGCGUGAGCCUCUGCGCGCGUCUGGUCUUGUCUGUGGAACCUCCGACAUGAGGGGCUGAAACAGAACCGACAGAAGGAUGAAAAUGCUCCGGUUUCGCAGCCCCAGCCUCCGCUCCUUGGACCAGGAGAUACUCUGUACGAUCCGGUUACUGGACGACUCCGAGAUCUCCUGCAGCAUUCAGAGAGACACCAGAGGCCAGUUCCUGUUGGACCAUGUGUGCAAUCACUACAACCUGCUUGAGAAAGAUUACUUUGGUAUUCGAUAUGUAGAUCCCGAGAAACAAAGGCACUGGCUGGAGCCCAAUAAACCCGUAGUGAGGCAGAUGAAGUCAGCUCAGCAGCCGUACACGAUGUGCUUCCGGGUCAAGUUUUACCCGCAUGAGCCAAUGAAAAUCAAGGAAGAACUCACCAGGUAUCUCCUGUACCUUCAGUUGAAGAGAGACAUCUAUCAUGGUCGUCUACUGUGUCCUUUUGCUGAAGCUGCAUAUCUGGGAGCCUGCAUCAUACAGGCUGAGCUUGGGGACUAUGACCCAGAGGAGCACCCAUCAGACUACAUCAGAGACUUCAAGCUGUUCCCUAAACAAUCCCUCAAACUGGAGAGGAAGAUAAUGGAAAUUCACAAGAAUGAGCUCAGGGGCCAGUGUGCUGAACUAGCAGAGCUGAACAUGCUCCAAAGGGCUCACAGUCUUGAAACAUAUGGAGUCGACCCUCACCCAUGCAAGGACUUUACAGGCUCUACUGCCUUUCUUGGGUUCACAGCCACAGGUUUUGUGGUCUUCCAGGGAAACAAGAGGAUUCACCUCCUCAAAUGGGCUGACGUUAGCAAGCUGAAGUUUGAAGGAAAAACCUUUUACGUCAUUGGCAUUCAGAAAGAGAUCUCCUUAACAGGCAGGAUUCACUGUAACAGGAUGAAGAAGCUGGUGUUGACAUUUCACACCUCGACCCCUGCAGCGUGUAAGCACUUAUGGAAGUGCGGGGUGGAGAACCAGGCCUUUUACAAGUGUGCAAAGUCAAGUCAGAUAAAAACAGUUUCCAGCAGUAAUAUCUUCUUCAAAGGCAGCAGGUUCAGAUACAGUGGCAGAGUAGCCAAGGAAGUGAUAGAAGCCAGCUCCAAAAUUCAGAGGGAGCCACCAGAAGUGCGCAGAGCUCAGUUUGGUCAGAGUCGAAGUUUUAACUCUCUGAGCCAUAAAAAUCUCAUCAUGAACAUGGAACCUUUGGUACCUGCACUGCCCUCCACCAACGAAUACGAAGAGACGGCCGUAGACAGUGGUGUUGCUGCUGUGAAGGACUCGGUCCCCUUGUCUCCCCUCAAAUCUUCAGCUGGGUCUGCAGAUGCAGAGCAGCAAAGUACUGAAGCAGGAAACUCUGCUUCGGGCAAUGACUUGCAGCCUCGUGUUUCCAUGGAAACCUCAAAUCUCCGACCUCAGACGCCCAAAGCUGAACAUGAAUUGGAGGAAGACGAUGAGGCCAGCGGCACACUGACCAUUUCUGAGCUUACUUACAGUCCCUGUGCCAGCAUGCUUCCCACCCCAGUGGACGACAGCCAGGGAGGAGUCGACUUGCUCUUCUCCUCUCCAGUUCAAAGCCCCGCCAGGUUGCUUAGGGAGCUCCAUGCUGAUCCUGACAUCCAGGCCCAGCUGGAGGCCGAGAGGGAGCGAGACAGGGCCUAUGAGCGCACCCGCCUGGCCGCGAGAAGUCGAAUGAGCGGAGUCCUGACCAGCAGUCUGCGCCUGCUGUCAUCCAAUGACAGAGUCAAUGCUUGCGUGUUGAGCGUGGCCCGCUUUGUCGCUGUGGUAAUGGGGGUCCUGCUCGUCACCGUGCCCACACUGCUGCUGCUGCUGGAGUCAGAUAUUGACGUGUCCUUCCUCCAUGAGAUCCGGCAGACACCGGAGUUUGAGCAGUUUCACUACGAGUAUUACUGCCCGCUCCGACGCUGGAUCCUGUGUAAGAUCAGCAUGGCCAUGGAGAACCUGUGGUCAGACUGAGAAGGGAAAAGACAUUCAGAAAAAGAGCAGAGAGAAGAGGCACUGUGAGGAAAACAAAUACGUCCAAGUGUAUGUCUUAACAUGUGAUUUAAUCUUAUAUUUAAUCUAGUAUUCAGCCAAAACACCAGUCUGCCAAAGAGAUGAAAUGAGACUGUAGUUUAUUGGCUCACAAAAUUCUUGUUGGAUGUUUCAUUCAAAAAAUCAAUUACAUUUCUGUCAGGAUCCCUAAAAUGAGUUAAAAACACUGGGACAAGAGCAUUUGUUUCACCUCUUUGGCUGCGUAAUUUGCUGCUUGGAAGAGAGAAAUACGAUUUUAAUAGUAGCAUUUAGUCACUUGUUAAGAUAAACACUUCAGAUAGUGAUGAAGUGAAAAGAUAGAGGACAGUAAUGCUCAAGGAGGAACUUGUGGAAAGGGAUGUAAUGGACAUAGAAAAAGUCCCAAAAAGAAGAAAUUUGAAUGGCUGUUCACUCCUGAUGCUGAUAAGUUGAUGCGGAGACUCUCCACAAACCUUUCUGAUUGGUUCCUGUCCUUGGAGCACCUGAUUGGUAACAGAGCCUGUCAGUCAUGACGGAGUGGGUGGACGCAGAAAGCUAUGAUUGAUUAGUCACUGAACAACAACAUCCACAGUCAGAGGUACAUUAUAUAAAUAUAUACAUAUAUAUUUAAAACAAAAAAAAACAAGAGAUAUUGAUAAUAAUGCCAAUUAAAAAAACUUGUUUUUAACAUUUUGUACAUUUUUAUGUGAUCAGAUCUUUCAGGAAUUUUUCAGUCAGAGGAUCUACUUUGAGCUUAUUUUCAAAUUAAUAGUUUACAAAAGAUUACAAAAAAAAAAGCGAAUUUGCUGAGAUUUAUCAGGGUGUGAGUGUUGAGAAACUAUUUUUUAGGACUACCACCAACAGUUGUUGGCUUGGUAGCACCCUGGCUUUUUCCUACAGAGGCUAUAGCACAAAUCUUUUACACAGAUCACUGAUUACAACUGUUUCAGAUUACGUGAUGUCAUUUUGGAAAGAUGAGGAAGGCCGGAGAAAAACUCUCAGCUUUUUUUCUUUGAUAAAAUGUGU